UGCAAGAGGGUCGGUUUGUUCUUUUUCUUCCCGGUACGCUAUUUCUCCAACGCCGUAGCCAAGACUCAACGAGAUUCUGAUUCAACAGUUGCGUGAUUCAACGCAUCCUUUAAUCCUCCUCUUUGGAUCAACCCACCCGUCGUUAUAAAACAUUGAUCGGAUUCGAUCGAGCGAUUUCGAUAUUAAGGAAUCGCGAGAUGUCAAUCCGAAUUCCACAACCAGCAGCUUCUUUGGAUUUUCGCGGUUUCAUCUUCUGUUUCUUCAUCUUCUUCUUCUUCAGCUCGUUCCCUGGAACAAUACUAACACAAGAAGUUACAUUAGAUUCGAUUCAGAUUUUCCAAACUCACGAUUGGUUCUCGAGUAAGCCUACAGUCUAUUUCCAAUGCAAAGGAGAGAACAAGACGGUGUUGCCUGAUGUCAAAAGCACCAAUGUCUCUUAUUCGUUUAAAGGCGAAGAGUCUUGGCAGCCCUUAACCGAGCUUAAAGGAACAAAAUGCAAGAGAUGCGGAAUUUAUGAAGAUGACACCCUUACGCAUGAUACAUUUGACGAAUGGGAGCUUUGUCCUUCUGAUUUCACAGAUGAGGGUAGCUAUAAGCGUAUCAAGGAUAAAGAAUUUAAUGCUACUUUCCUCUGCCAUGGAUGCUCACAAGUCGGACCUGGUUCGAAUAAGGAAUCAGGCAAUGAGAAGGAAGAAGAUAAGGGCGGAAUGCAUCCUGCAAUUGUGGUACUGAUUGUAGUUCUCGUGUUAGGUGUAGCUACGGUGGUACUCUUGGUAGGUUAUAAGUAUUGGAGGAAGAAGAAACGGCAACAAGAGCAGGCCCGGUUUCUCAAGCUGUUCGAAGAUGGUGACGAGAUUGAAGACGAACUUGGCCUUGAAAAUACCCUGUGAAGCUCACUUCAGUGUGGCGUAGUAACUCAAAGUCACCUCUGUGUACAUACAUACAGAACUUCUUGAUCGACCUCACAAGCAGGAUUUUGUUUUUGGGCAGAAAUAGAGACGAGAAAAAGGAUACAAUGCUAUAUACUAUCAUCAUUAGCUUCAUCCAAAGACAAAUUCAAUGUUGUUCUUUCUUGUCAUAAUGUUUGGCAAUCGUUGAAUCCUUUUUCACAAAAUAUUUUGCAAAUUAAUCGUCACGGUAGACUAAAAAAAAAAAAGAUUCAACGAGAACUUUAUAAAUUUUUGUUCAAUACCAAACAAAUUUCUGAAAAGUAACAUAGCAGAGUUUGAGAGUUGACUAGAAACAA